AUGGCUACAGCAUUCGAGCCUUCACGCUCCUCAAGCAUCGGCUACGGCCGCCAGUCGAUGGCGCCGGUAGCGCCCUCGGCCGCGGACUCGCUACCCAGCAUCAACUUUGGCUUCGAUGACCUGCGCGAUCGCAUGGCAAAGUUCACGGCCAAAUUCGACGCCUUUAUCGAGCAGGGCCGCAAGCGCGUCCUGGAGGAACGCAACCAGUUUCGCAUGAACGUCGCCGAGCUGCAAGAGGACCAGCGCAUGAAGAAGAAGGACAUUGAGAUCGAGCAGAUCAAGAUGGCGACGCACCAGCAAACGGCCGAGAAGGAAAAGGCAGAGACGCGCGAGAUGGAGGCGGCCAUCGCGUCGCUGGCCGCGCAACGCGACAACCACCUCUCGCGCCGCGACAGCCUCAAGAAGCAAAUCGCGCAGACCGAGGCGGAGAUCGACUCUCGGCUGGCGGCGCAGCGCGCCUUCGCGGCGGAGCAGGAGGCGCAGUCGCGGUUCAACGUCCCCGAGCUCGACUUCUGGAUCACCAACCUGUGCCUGCGCAUCGAGGGCGCGGGGCAGGACGACCGGCUCAAGUUUGUGUACACGCACGUCGACGAGCGCAACUGGGAGCGCGAGGCGUGGUUCGAGCUGGUGACGAGCUCGCGGGACUACGACGUCAAGCACUGCCGGCCCAAGCUGGAGCGCGAGGCCGUGGAGCGGGUGCUGGAGCGGGUCAACGAGUCGCGGGAGCUGGUGACGCUGCUCAAGGGGAUGAGGGAGCUGUUCGUGGAGGCAAUGAAGGCUUGA